AUGCAGCAGAACACGACAAAUUUGAACAGGUUGAAGGCCAUCAAGGCGCAGGCGAUCCUCGACGUCCACACCGUGUGGGAGGCGGUGGCGCCGGGCGACACGGCGGUGAACGCGCGGAAAGACAAGACGGCGCGCGCAUUGCUUCUCGGGGCGUUGCCGGAGGAUGUGCUGCUGCAGGUGUCGACAAAGCUCACCGCCAGGGAGGUAUGGGACUCCCUGAAGGUGAGGUUCGUCGACGCCGAUCGGGUCCGCGCCGCGAGGCUAGCGACGCUGCGCGGCGAAUUUGACCGCCUGAAGAUGGCGGACGGCGAGGAGCUCAACAUAUACGGCGGGAGGCGCGCGGCGAUGGCGGCGAGGUAUGCCAACCUCGGGGAGACGCUGGGCGACGCGGCGCUCGUCAAGAAGCUGCUGGAUACGGUGCCGGAUCGGCUCUUCCCCGUCGUCGCCGGCAUCGAGCAGUUCCACGACGUGAUGACGAUGGCGUUCGACGACGCGCUCGGGCGGCUGCGCGCGUUCGACGAGCGAGUUCGGCGUCGACGGCAGGACAACGGCGAGCGGGCGGACGGACAGCUCCUGUUCACGACGGCGCAGUGGCGUCGGGGAGCGGCAGCAACAGGCGCAGGCGCUGUUACAAUUGCGGGGAGCACGGGCACUUCCGGCGCGAGUGCCCGCAGCUGCGGAAAGGACCGGCGGCGGAGCAGGCUCUCUUGGCCGGCGCCAACGUCGACGAUGAUGGACUCCUCUAGACCGUGGCUUAGGGGGUGUGUGUUGGAAUAA